UGGUUCAAUCUCCCCCGGCUCUGCGUUCGGUUUUCCGCUUUUUGAAGUUUCGAAUCCACCGGGAUUAGGUUUUCCAUCGAUAGUGUAGGCAUCGCGCAAUUUCCAUUCUUCGAUCUCUCGCGUUGUUUUUCUUUCCUCACUUGCUGGUUUUGGAGCUUCAGACCAGAUUCGAUUCUGCAAUGGAAGGAGGAGGUAAUCUAGAUGCUGCCAUAGAGUCUUUGUUGAAUGUGGAGAAGCAGAUGAGACUUGCCGGAGAUGUCGCCGGGACAAGGAAAGCCGCCAUCGACAUCCUGCAACUUUGCUUUGAAGCAAGAGCAUGGAAGACUCUCAAUGACCAGAUCAUUCUUUUAUCGAAGCGAAGAGGUCAACUCAAGCAGGCAGUAACUGCAAUGGUCCAGCAAGCGAUGCAGUAUAUUGAUGAGACACCAGAUAUUGAAACACGUAUAGAGUUGAUCAAAACACUUAACAGUGUUUCUGCUGGGAAGAUAUAUGUUGAGAUAGAGAGAGCAAGAUUGAUCAAGAAACUUGCAAAGAUUAAGGAAGAACAGGGUCUUAUUGCUGAGGCUGCUGAUUUGAUGCAAGAAGUUGCGGUGGAAACAUUUGGAGCAAUGGCAAAAACGGAAAAAAUAGCAUUUAUCCUCGAACAAGUUCGUUUAUGUUUAGACCACCAGGAUUAUGUGCGUGCACAGAUCCUUUCGAGGAAGAUUAGUCCUCGUGUUUUUGAUGCAGCAGAUACAUCUAAAGAAAAGAAAAAGCCCAAGGAAGGUGAUAAUGUUGUUGAAGAGGCUCCUGCUGAUAUACCUUCCGUAUUAGAGUUGAAGCGGAUAUAUUAUGAAUUAAUGAUACGGUACCAUUCUCAUACUAAUGAAUACCUUGAAAUCUGCCGUAGCUACAAGGCAAUAUAUGAGAUCCCUUCUGUGAGAGAAAAUCCAGUGCAAUGGAUACCGGUGCUACGGAAAAUUUGCUGGUAUUUAGUGUUGUCACCACAUGAUCCAAUGCAGUCAAGUCUUCUUAACUCUACCUUAGAAGAUAAGAAUCUUUCUGAAAUUCCAAAAUUUAGGUUGCUCUUGAAACAGCUGGUCACAAUGGAGGUGAUCCAGUGGACAGCUCUUUGGAAGGCAUAUAAGGAUGAAUGUGAGAAUGAGAAGAAUAUGCUUGGGGGUUCUUUGGGUGAAAAGGCCACAGAAGAUCUAAGACACAGAAUUAUUGAGCAUAACAUAUUAGUUGUGUCAAAAUAUUACUCAAGGAUUACCCUGAAAAGAGUUGCGGAGCUGUUGUGCCUCAGUGUCCAGGAAGCUGAGAAGCACCUCUCAGACAUGGUUGUAACAAAAUCGCUAGUGGCAAAGAUAGACAGGCCCAUGGGAAUAGUUUGCUUCCAGACAGCGAAGGACAGCAAUGACGUUCUCAACUCAUGGUCGAUGAACUUGGAGAAGCUGCUUGAUCUUGUUGAGAAGAGUUGCCAUCAAAUCCACAAAGAAACCAUGGUCCACAAAACUGCUCUGAAAGUCUAGGUUUUCUGAAAACACUUCAUAUUUUGUCACUGAUUGGAUGUCUAUUGGACAGCCUAAUGGAACAAAAACUUGGUGCCCUCUAAAGUGGGUUGAAUUUAAGAACACUGUAUACUUCAUUGAUACAUGGUAACUCACUACCAAUAUACGAACAUCAUUGUUUUUAACCAUGGAAAGAAAUUGGAGUUUGUUUACGGAACUUUUGGCCGAGCAAAUGCUAGCCACGGAGUGAAAUUUCUGUACUUUCGUUCUGCCAACUUUAUGGCCAAGCAAAAAUAUUUUUUUUUUG